CAUGCAAAACAGGAACCAGAGCGACACCAAUGCACCGACGUUUGUCGGAAAGGUUCUCGUCUCUGUGUACGAUGAAGGACGGGAGAGCUAUGAUUGUUAUAAAUUUGAAGCCUGGCAUUUGGUUGAAGUCCCACACAUGUUCUCUUCAUUCUUCUUGUCUUUCCAGUGAAAAGAAAACGAAAACGCGUAAAAGAGAGUCGUCGAUAAGCUCUAAAACAAGUUCUUUACGUGAUUUUGCACAGACAAAUAUUUAAUCACACAAGCGCAUUUCGGUCGAGGGUCGAAUACAGUACCGUGCUCCAAACUGCCAAGGAGAAGCAAGUGCAAUCCAAAACACCAAGCAACGAUUAAAGUCAUGAUCGUAUCCGCUGCUGGCAUUGAAAUGACCGAUCCAACGACAACACAAAGGACACGCAUACGCCCGAUGCUUUCACCCAUGAAAAUGAGCAUCCGUUCUUCCUUCAUUGUCUUCUUUGCACUCUUUUUGCCUCUUUUCCGAUCUUCUACCACAACGAGCGCAUGGUUACCGCAGCUGCCUGAGAACAUUGGUCGAAGAGGGGUUCUCGGAAGCUUCGCUUCGGUUACCACCGGGAUCCUGACUGCUUCCAAGCUAGAACCCUCCGACCAACUGGUGGCUCCCGAUCUGUUUUCGUCGCAGCGCGUGCGUCUGCUUCCGCCAUCGCCAUCGCUACCGUCCUCGUCCUUUGAUGCCUACUACAUCACCCCCGUGGAGAACAACAUUCGGUCCAAGCUCGACAAGAUCGACAACAAACGGUUCCUCAACGAGUUGACUGCCCAUUCGGGGGGGUCCAUCUGGCUGGGCGAACACCACAAUUCUCUCUCGGACCACAAUUUCCAGGCGGCUGUCAUCCGAGAGGUUCACCAGGAGCGAAAGAAACACCGCCGCUCGAGAGACACGCCGAUGGCCGUUGGGCUAGAGCAAGUUCAGAGCCAGUUCCAGCCCAUACUGGACGCAUACACCAGCGGAAAGAUAUCGAUCGACGAUAUGAAAUUCAUGGUACAGUGGGACCGACGGUGGAGCUGGUCCUUUGAUAACUACAAGAAAAUAUUCGAGGUUGCCAAAGACCUUGGCAUCCGACUGUUGGCACUCAACGUAGACUCGGAGGAUUUGGUGCUCGUAGAGAAGGGAGGCUACCCCGGGCUGCCGAUAAAACAACUACACAAAUACAUCAAGGACCCGUACGUAUCGACUGAUAGCUACCAUUUUGCAUUCCCUGCAUAUUUCUCAUUCUAACUCUUCUAUUCGUUCCGUUGCAUUUCCGAAUACUGUAAAACAACAACAACGACAACAACAACAUAAACGAACAAUUGCACGUACAGAGUCGGGUUUGCGGAUUUUGCACAAACCGGGGAAUUCAAAACCUACAACGAUUAUGUCAUCAAGCCAUCGUACGAGCUCCAUCAGCGCCUGGGAUUGCUUCAGUACACCGUGACGGGAGAGCAAAUGGAAUCGGAAAUGACGUUUGGGAGGUUCCUGAGUGGUCGUCUGUUGUGGGACGAGGGUAUGGCCUCGAAAGCCUUCUCGUGGUGUGCCAGCAAUCCGGACGGACUCCUGAUUGGUCUGGUGGGGGCGGACCACGUGAAGUUCGAAAACGGGGUCCCGGGUCGGUUUUCGAGAAUGGCCCGAAGCAAGCAAAUGGACACGGGGUGUACCACAGUGGUGAUCAAUCCGACACUGAUCGACAGCAGGCCGAUGGGAACGGUGUCUCGGAUUCCCACGUCGGACUCGGCGGAGUACCCCGAGCGCAUCACACUUCAGCUGCGAUACACGAAAGGGGCCGGAGGCCAGUCGCCUCCCGAUAAUAGUGGGAGAGAUGGCGUGCUGUCGUUUUCGAACUAUGUUGUCGUCACGUAACAACAAUGUCGGUGACAGAAAGCGCCAAAACAACAAUGAAGCCAUGGCGGAAUGGUUAUACAUUAAAAAUAACGUUACAAC